UCUGAGUUUAAAAGGCCAUUUCAGCUGUCUUGCUUACACUCUUGUAAGCCCGAUCAUGGCAAGAGCUGUGGUGCAAGUCACCCUCUUUGGGCUGCUGCUGGCUUUGGUAACCACACUACCAAACAAGGAUGACUGGGACAUCUACAGCUUUCACAUCAACUCAACAGUGAGCAGUCGUUACGCAACCACAGUCAUCACAAGCCGUGUGGCCAAUCGAAUGGACGAGUCAAAGGAAAUAGAAUUUCAAGUCCGGAUUCCCAAGAAUGCCUUCAUCAGUAAAUUCAGAAUGUUUAUAGAUGGCCAGGCAUACGAUGGGGUUGUGAAAUCUAAGGAGGCGGCUAAACAGCAGUACACUGAUGCUGUGUCACAAGGCCAGAGUGCUGGGAUUGUCAGUUCUGUAGGGAGGACUCUCGAAGAAUUCAAGACCUCUGUGAAUGUAGCAGCUCACAAAAAGGUCACUUUUGAACUUACAUAUGAGGAACUACUGAAACGCAAACUGGGCAAGUACGAGCUGCAAAUCCACGCCCGACCAAUGCAGCCUGUAAAAGACUUCAAGGUUGACGUGUACAUACAUGAGAAAGCUGGAAUCAAUAUCAUGGAGGUUAAAGGUGGACUAAGCACCAAUGCCAUGGCUAAUGCCAUCACCAAAACACAUUCAGACACACAGGCGUGGGUGUAUUUCUACCCAACUGAGGACCAACAAAAGACGUGUGACCGCUGUGGAGAGCAAGGUAUGAAUGGAGAUCUGGUUAUUGUUUAUGACGUCAACAGGGACAACUCAUUUGGAGACAUCAAGAAAUCAUCAGGGUACUUCGUUCAUCACUUUGCUCCAUCUGAUCUCGCCCGAAUACCAAAAAAUGUGGCCUUCAUUAUUGAUCAAAGUGGCUCAAUGCAUGGCAGAAAAAUACAACAGACCCGAACUGCAUUGAUUCGUAUCUUGAAUGACCUGGCAGAAGAAGACCACUUUGGUCUGAUCACUUUUGAUAGCUCCAUUUUUCACUGGAAACGAGAACUUGUUCAGGCUACGGAAGAAAACCUGGCUAGUGCCAAAACCUUUGCACUGCAGAUUCAAGAUAGAGGAGCCACGGACAUUAACCAAGCAGUUUUAGAAGGAGCACGAAUGCUGAAUGCAAAUCCCAGAGAAGGCUCAGCAUCUAUUCUCAUACUGCUCACAGAUGGAGACCCAACCUCAGGGGUGACAAAUCUGGAAGUAAUUCAGUCAAAUGUAAGAAAGGCUAUUGCAGGUGAAUUCCCUCUCUACUGCCUCGGUUUUGGUUUUGAUGUCAAUUUUGAGUUCCUUGAAAAGAUGUCACUGCAGAACAACGGUGUGGCUCGACGGAUUUAUGAAGACUCUGAUGCUGAGUUACAACUCAAGGGUUUCUAUGAAGAGGUGGCAACUCCUUUGUUAACAGAUGUGACAAUGGUUUAUGAGGGUGGGAUUAAUCUAACCCAGACUAACUUCAGCCAGUAUUAUAAUGGCUCUGAGAUUGUUGUGGCAGGUCAGAUCACUGACAACGACAUCGGAACCUUCACUCCACAAGUUGUGGCCGUUUCGCAGAGAAAUAGAAAGGUGGUGUUUCCUGGAACAAAUGUUACAGUGGAGUCAGCCGAUGUGGCUGACAGUAACAUCCAGAGAGUUUGGGCCUACCUCACAGUGAAACAGCUUCUAGAGAAAGAACUGCGGUUAUCUGGACCUGAGAAGGAGAGCGCUAAGAAAGAGGCCUUGGAGCUGUCGCUGAAAUACAGCUUUGUGACCCCACUCACAUCCAUGGUGGUCACCAAGCCUCCUGGGGAGAGCUCAGAUGUGCUCCAUAAACCCAAGGAAGGUGAAGCACCUCAGAUCCCAACCUCUAAUGCGGGGCAUUACGGACUCAGGGCUCGUUCAGGUGGUUUUUUCGCGGGUUAUGGUGCAGGGAAGUUUAAGCUGCGUAAAGGAGCUGCAGGGUUCGCGAUCAACAAGUUGGCGAGCACUGUAGUAGACGAUUUGGAUGACAAUCCUAUAUUUGCCAAGGGUGAGAUGGAUCUUGGUUCCUCAGUGUUCCAUAGUAUCCAACGGGGUUACAUGCCCCGCCAAACUGUCAGACCUACUCGCAUUUCUCUUCCAAUUUUUACACUUCCAGUUUUGCAUUUCCACCAGUUUUUUCUUAAAACUGAGAGCCUGUCUCUCCCACUUUGUUAUGGUGUCUAUGGACUUGUCAGCCUUAAACUUCUUCACCAUCCCAAUAAAGCGCUGUUUGUGAAUGGUGAGCUUGAUGAAGUAUUGCUUGGAGGAUUCAAAAGGAUUGCCAUACAUACAGCUGCUGCACACUUUGAGUUUGAUGCCGUGAAAACCAUUGUACGAGAUGGACAGUCCACAGUAGAGUACCUUCAACAGGAUGAAGUUGUUUCUCGUAAUAGUGUGACAGUGAUCAGGCGGGCCAAAGAAAUAGAUGUUGUAAGUGAAGACACACGUAUUGUCUUCCUGAUUCAUGAGAAGGAAGGCAACUUUUAUCUCUGGCCUGUUAUAAGACAACAGCCAAUGGACACCAACGUUACAGGGAUUUUAGCUCUAAAGCCAGCAGUUUAUGAAGAGGUACAGCAAACCCCCUCAACUAUACUCAAGAUCCAAAACACGGAGGUCAUUGCUACCAGAUCCACAACUGCUGACUACAGUAUCACCUCUGCUCCGACACUGGACUGCUGGUCUGUGCCCUCUGAGUUUGCCUUACAGAGACCCAUAAAUGAGUUCAUCGUUACACAAAUUUAACUGGGAAAGGCAUUUAAUCUCUUACAAGGAUUUCCUUAAAAAAACAUGUUAGACCAUGGAAAAAUAUUUUUCACCUUUUAGUGACAAAACUUGUCCCAGAUUCUUAGUUGUCUGGAAAGACUUUAAUGAAUAAAUAUUUACCCAAAAGA